AUGCCGCCCAAGACUAGAAAGAGAAAGGCAUCUGCUACUGAGAGCAACCACACGGAGGAUGUCGCUCCGAAGAAAACGACUCGGGCCCCGAGAAAGCCAACUGCAGGAACCGCAAAACAAGGAAGGAGCAAGAACGCGGCGAAUGGAGCAGAUGGAGGGAAACUCUUAGGCGACGGUGUCGGCACCUCCAAGAGACGCAAGAUUCUCGUCGGCGAUGCAAAGAAGCAGAUUCAGAACCGAGGAAACGACCUCAUCAAGUUCAUCAAUAAAGAAAUGAAGACGCGUCCACCGCAAGUCGAAAAGAACAUACUCAAGGAGGAGCUGUCUUCAGAACUCGGGCCUGUUCUGCCCUGGAUGAGCCCUUCGUCGGCGCCACAGAAGGAGAGCCCUCAAAGCCUUCCAAAUCUCAUGCUCAACACGCUCAACGAGCUUCAGAACACGGUUGAGGGCUACGAGAGGUUGGUCAAGAAAGACACCGGCAUCAAGGCGCCAACCUGGAUGCACUGGGAGCAGGACGCAAAGGACUUGAACAACUUGGGCCAGCAGGGGUUGAACAUGGCAUCCAAAAUCGUCAAUCAUGCCAUCAUGCCUGAUCUACACGCACUGCCAGCCAAACCCGCAGAGAACGCCAGCGACAUUGAGAAGCUGGCAUGGGAGCUCAUUGAGGAUGCUAUCCCGAAGAGGCCGGAGGAGACAUGGGGAAAGACGGCGCAAGAGCAGCUGAAGGCAUUUACAGGCGUCCUGAAGUUUCUCCCCACCACACAAUAG